AUGCAGCGGUACAAUACGCAAAGUAAUAGAGACAGCGGCUCCUCGGGCGAGGGCUAUAUUGCAAGUAAUGAGCUUGUUGAUCCGGAAUCGCUCUAUACAAAACAAAACCAGAUCGGGGGAGGCAGCUUCGGCAAAGUCUACAAGGGGGUCGAUAAGCGAACUGGUCAGGCCGUAGCCAUCAAGGUCAUCGAUGUCGAAAACGCGGAAGACGAGGUCGACGACAUCAUCCAAGAAAUCAAUAUCCUCUCCGAACUUCAUUCGCCAUUCGUCACAAAGUACUACGGUUCGUAUCUGAAGGGCUCGGAUCUAUGGAUCAUCAUGGAAUAUUGUUCUGGUGGUAGUUGCGGAGACUUGAUGAAGCCUGGCGUCAUUGCGGAGGAGUACAUUACCAUUAUAAUUCGAGAGUUAUUGAUGGGGUUGGAAUACCUACAUAGUGAUAACAAGCUUCACAGGGACAUUAAAGCUGCAAAUGUCCUUUUAGGGUCAAACGGUCAGGUUAAACUCGCAGAUUUCGGUGUUUCUGGACAGCUUACAGCUACAAUGACAAAGAAGAACACCUUUGUUGGAACACCAUUUUGGAUGGCCCCGGAAGUUAUCAAGCAGUCCGGCUACGACCAGAAGGCUGAUAUUUGGUCAUUGGGCAUCACCGCCAUAGAGCUUGCCCUUGGAGAACCUCCAUAUUCAGACAUCCACCCAAUGAAGGUGCUUUUUCUGAUUCCCAAAAACACCCCCCCAACAUUGGAAGGAAAUUUCACAGAAAGAUUCAAAGAGUUUGUGUCAAUGUGUCUACAAAGAGAUCCAAGGGAUCGUCCAACAGCAAAGGAGCUCUUGAAACACCCAUUCGUAAAAAGGGCGAAGAAGACCACGUAUUUGACCGAAUUGAUUGAGCGUCAUGAACGUUGGGUUAUUGAGAAUGGGAACAAGAAAGGGCAUGAUGAUGAUACCAAUUCCAAUGCCUCAGACACUAUGGAUAGUAGAGUCACAGAUGACUCAGAUGCGGAAAGCGAUUUAUGGGACUUCGGAACCAUCAGACCUAUGGGUGGCGGAAGAAAUGGGGAUGGCGGUGCGGGUUUAAAGAGUUUAUCUGCGGCCGAGGCAAACAUGCGGUACGUUGCAAACAGCAUUGAUCAAGAUUUUGUCGAUGGAUCAAAAAUUGGGCGAAUCGUACAGUCACCUCAGAUUCCCCGACAAGUUCCACCUGUUCCUACCUAUAACACCAGGAACCCAUCACCAACGAGGGAUAUCCCACCUGCUGCACCGCCUCAUGCUUCUGGGAGAGACUCGGGGUAUGCUUCUUCUGGUACAGUGAGGGGGCUAGGCAAACCUCCUCCAUAUAAAGUAAAUACCCCUCCAAGGGAGCCACUUUCGCAGCAGAAAACUUCCAGUUCCCCCGGAUACCAGCAAGCAUACCAACAGCAACAUAUACAGCCGCAGCCGCAGCCGCAGCCGCAGCCCAAUUUAUCUGGAAGAUCAAAGUUUGACCAAAUCCAAAGUCCUAGUAACCACCGGAAAGUAAGUAGCUCAUCCGAGCACGACAGAAACUUUCAACAAGAACUUGCCCAGGACAUGGGUUGGAUGAAAUUGGCAAACUCAGGACCCAUGGGCCCAAGGGAUAGAGAUAUCACUCCAAGAGGGCCCCCGGCACCAGUAAAGAGUCUAGUUGGAGACAGUAGAAUUGAAGUAGAACUGAAAUCCGGUCUUUCAACACCAGGCAGUGCCUUUGGUGAACCUAGACCUGCAUUCUCCCACGCUCAAAUGUCUAGACAAAAUUCCAAUGAGAUUGUCUCAGAACAGAUGAGGCGGCAGCAACAGCAGCACCAAAUGGCUCUUAAAUCACCCCCAAUGGUGCCACCACCAGGACUUCACCAUCCACGAAGUACACAGCAGUUACAGCCAGGGCCCCCAUUGCCGCCGUCCCAUGGUCAUUCCAGUAGCAUUAGUAGUAAUCAUCAUCACCAGCUCCCACAACUCCCAUUACAGCACCCCACACAACAUCCAUCACAGCAAGACCUACGACGGAUAUCGCAAGUGCAAAUGCAGCCUCCACAGCCGCAACCACCGCAACCACAACCACAAGUUAAAACUACAACACCCGAACCGCCAGAACUCACUGCUCUUGAUGGUGUUAUUCUUCCGGCGCUUGAAGCCGCACUGCAACGAAGAACCUAUCAUCUCCAAAUGGCUAUCCGUAAGGCGCAGCAAUCAUCAUCGCCCAGUGCGCAGCAGAAAGUCCAAGAAACAGCGAAAGCUCAUGAUCGUCUAAAGAAGCAAGUUUAUAAAGCGGCAAGCCUAUUUAGGGAUAUCGAACAGGCAGAUAAUAAUCAUUCAGUGGGCAUGGGUGGCGAAGUUAAUGGGUUUUUAGAGGGAUUUCUCGAGGAGGUGCUAGUUAGGGUAGAGGCGGAAGAUGACGAUGGCAUGGGAAGUCCAGAACAGUUACGCCAAAGAAGGAGAGAAGAUGAGGGCCAGGGACAACGAUGGUAA